GCCAGCAGCAUUGCAUUUGUCGGCGUUCCCUCUUGCACAUUGGAAGGGAAGCAGAGCCUCCCCGAGAUCGGCAGUGCCAGCGCAGAGGCCGGGGACCAGGCGGAGCACAGCGCCUACCAGGAGAUGACGCCGAAGGAAACGGCCGACAUGCUGAGACUGAUGGAGGAGUACGAGCCAAUAGUCAGCAAUGCCGUGGCCUUUGCAGAGAAGCUGAGCACAGACCUCCAGGUUCUGGAUGAGGCCAAUCUCCAGGCCAUCAUCUCGUCCGAGAAGCAGGUGACGCUGCUGAUGGACUCCAUUGACCAAGCCCUAGUGGAGGCUGCCAAAGUGGAGGGGACCUUGCAGAUUUACGAGGAGCUGCUGGGGAGCGUGAAGCAGCAGAUGGAUCACAUCCAGCAGGGGACCUCCUUGCUGCACCGCAUUGACUCCAACCACGAGAAGCUGAUGGGUGAGAUUCUCUUCCUCACGAGUAACCUGGACCUUAGUGAGGAGCACCGCCAGGCGCUCAGCCGGGGCGACCUCUCCAGCCCCAGCAAAGUGACGGCCUGCAUUGCAGCCGCGGGCGCUCUCGCCAGCUGCAUGAACGUCCCGGUACAGCCCGGUUACCGGAAGCUGCAGGCCAUCGCGGAGCAGCUGAUCAUGUUUGAAACGCUGAAGCAGAACUUUGAGAACAAUUUCAUCAGCCAUAUUACAAGCCUCUUUGAACGGCAGGGAAGUGGCCAAUCCCUGGCCCAAAUGCAGCAGCUCAGCAAGCUGAUUUCACCCACCCAUGGGCCCUACCAUGACGACCUGCUCCCUUAUGCUCCCCUCAUGGCCUGGCUGAGGAAAGCCAACCCGAUCCUGUUCCAUGACCUCCCAAAGGUCUAUGCCUGGAAUCUGAGCCGGCUCUACGAGAGGGAAAUCAAAGCCUUUUUCGAGCUGGCCAGGCUGCUGCUGCAGGGCAGAACCAAGGAGGGUCUGUGUGUUCCAGGUCUGCAGGACGGUUUAGACAAGCAGGUGGCCUGCGGGAGCAGACAGCCCCCUGCGCUCUGUCGGGCAGACAGUGGUGCAAGGGAAGAGGACGAAGUGGACAGAGGAAAUGUUGUCAAACUGCUGGAGCAGGUGUUGAGGGAGCUGCCACCCCUGUGCGUGGCGGAGCAGAGGUUCAUUGAGAAAUUCUUCAUGCUGAGCCAGGAUGCCGCAGACCAAGAGGUGCUGGGGCCACCCGCCGCAAGCAAGCGAGGAGCAGACGCAGCCUUUCCUGAGACGUCUCCUUGGCCCAAGACGAAGCCCCCACGAGACGGGCACCCCAGCCUGCUGCUGGCUGAGAUCUUCAGUUCCCUGGAGGCCCUGGUCACCCUGAACGACCACAUGUUUGGGAUGCAAGGCUCCGCCGCGGCCUCCUGCCCCUUCCUCCACCUGGUGCUCAGCAACACCCGCCUGCUGGCCAAGAGCAACUUCAACAAGUGCAUUGGUGUCCUGUGCAGAGAGAUGGAGGAGGCCAAGGUGCCGAGCCGGGCGAAAGGCGGGAUCCUGCCCCUCGUCAGCCGCUACGAGGAGUUUGUGAACUUCGCGGAGGAAGCGUUCCGGUGGGCUCAGCGGAGGGGGGAACUGGACAAGGCGCACGCCAAACUGGUGGACAGUGUCUUCGGCAGCAUCAACCGUCUGGCCUCGGCAAACCUGAAGGUCAAUACGGACAUGGUGAUGAUGGAAAACUUCCACCACAUCCACUGCUUCCUGUGCCAAAAGAAGAUCCACUGCUUGGAAAGCAAGCGGAGGGAAGCCAAGCAAAGGUACGGCGAGCACCUGGAGAGAUACGUCAUCAAGUACCUGGGGCAGCCACUGGAGAAACUCAACCAUUUCUUCGAGGGGGUGAAAGCCCGCGUGGCCCAGGGGGUGAGAGAGGAGGAGGUGAGUUUCCAGCUGGCGUACAGCAAGCAGGAGCUGCGGAAGGUGAUCGAGAAGUACCCGGGCAGGGAGGUGAAGAGAGCUCUCGAAACGCUCUACAGGAAGAUUCACAAGCAUCUCUCCCCUGAGGAAAACCUCUUGCCAGUGAGUAUGGCGAGCCAUGGAACAGGAGUUCAUACGGCAGUACCAAGAAUUUGAGCACCUGAUCCAGCGCUGCUACCCAGGGUCUGGGAUCACAAUGGACUUCACCGUGGAGGACUUGCUGAGCUAUUUCAUCUCCAUCACUCAGGCCGGCAUGUGAAAGCAAUCCCCGCUGGCUGAGCACCUCGCGAGAACAGCUCCCGCUGGGACCAUCGGCUGAAACGGCCAUGGGAAAAUACACUCCGGAGUGACGUUUGGCACAAGGCUUUUCAGCCUAGGUUAACCCCAUGUGGGUUAGUAUGGAAUUAAAGAGGAACCUUCACAGUUGUCAGCCUGAAAAUUGACCUUCCCUGAGAGAAAAACAUUGAGCUUCCAGGAAGUUUCGUCACACCGAGUGGCGCGGCAUUGGGGGAAGGAAGCCUGGUAUAUUUAGCACUCUGGGCUUACGGAUUUCGAGGAGGGUCCAAGGGGUAAUGUGAUUCUUGGCCACUUGGACUAUUCCAGUGAAUUUCUCUUCCAUGGGCAGCAGACCUGGGUUUGUAUAGAACUAGAGAUGGAUCCAAGGGUAACAGUUUGGAUCUGGGUUCCCAGUGCCCUAACUGCCAGGGAAUCCAGCUCUAGAGGGGUUGGCGUUCCAGCCCACUAAUGUCUAUGGCUGUUUGCGUUUGAGGUUUUGGUUUAGGUUGUCUAUGCAAAGCACAAAGUAAAUGGGCUAUUCACCUCCCGGCUGCAGUUCCCACAGGCGGUUCAUAGCUGCAGCCAGUGCUGGGCACGUGCCCUUCUGGUUCUGCCGAAAGGCACGUGGCGGUUUGCUCCUCUCCUGUCCCUUUCUGUUAGCCUUGUGGGGGCAGAGACGAUAUUGGUCUCUAUGCUCAAGUCUCCUCUCAUCCCCUCAGUUGGGAUCUGAGCAGCCCUGAGGCCAGAGUCCACAGGCAAAGCAAUCCCUUCUCUCCUCGGUGUGUGUGAAAUGAACCCUCUGUGUGCGCGCCAAGAUCAUUUCCACAAGCUUGCCCAUGGACGUUGGACGCGCCAUAAGGCGUCGUUCUUGGUUCUUCCUCAGGCCAAUGAAACAAACAGAUCCCUGCUUAGGAAUGACCCAGCCACGCAAAGGCUGGCUGCAUGCUGUUAGCCACUUCAGCUGCCGCGGCAUCUACCAACUCUGCUGAACAAAAAGUUCUUUUCUGUGAUGUUGUUAUUGAUGUUUCAUUUACGGGCUGGUCUGAUGCACUUUCCCAGAUUUAUGGGCUGGUCUGAUGCACUUUCCCAGGGAUCUUCCCAUUCUUAUCUAAUUUAGCCUGUCUGCCCGUUGCUAGCACUACAAGAUAAUAAAAUCCUUUCGGUGUUGGCCUCGCAGCUUUGACCUGUUCUGCUAUUGCAGUGUGGUCGCCUCGCACCGCACAUGCGCCUGUGUCACUAAGAAAGUGUUCAACGGGCAUUAACCAGAACUAUAUGUAUUUCAGUAAUAAUCAUCUAGCAAAUCUCAGAGUUGUACAUGCAGCGAUGGUACAUACUUUUCAACAGAAUAAUGAUAUUCAGCAAAUUAUGAAUUUUCAAGGCAUAAUCUGUACAAAAUAUAU